GGUCGUGUAUGUACUGCGCCUCUGGGAUUCAAUCGGUCUCCCAAAAUACUAAUGCGCGUCCUCUGCCAACAGCGACAUAGAGAUUGUGCGGUUCACGUUGAGUUGACCAGCUUCAUUGAUUGGGGUCAGGGAUAUGGGAGAACUGGUCGUUUAUACACGACAUGCAGCAGGAUUAUUAAUGCCGCCAUAGCGGACGCUGUCUUAAACAUCUGUAUA